AUGAGUCGGAGCGGCGCGAAGAGUGCUGGAUCCUCGCGGGGGGCGACGGCAGUGUAUCAGCGUGGAAUGGACGAAGAAGGCCUGUGGGAUGAUGCCGAACUCAUCCGCUUGUGGAACAUGCAAUUGGAACAGCAGAAGGAAGAGGAGGAAGAAGCCGCCCCGCAGCUUGCUGGACUCCACUCUGCUUCAUCUGACGAGGAUAGCGUGAUCACCUCUUCCGCUGACGAAGAGUCUGCAGAGAUGUCCUCCUCGUCAUCAUCUGUGUCUGUCAUAUCAAAAAAUGUAGACUCUGCCGCCGAUGAUACAGUCGCAGUCACAUUAAAUUCUGUGCCGCUUCUGCAGGAUGGGGUGAAGGGUUUGCCGGCUGACAUUCAACGUGUGGUAUCUGCGUACUAUCGCGCGGGCUAUGAGGCCGGGUAUUUUGUUGGUCGGAGUGAGAAAGCAGCAAGGGAAGUAAAUCAUAACAAGAGGAGACGUACCAACUAG